CUCAGCAAUCCUUAUAGUACUUCUUCCUGCAUUCAUGUCCUUAUCAGUUUCUUCAGCAACUUCUAAUUCAACCUCCGAGCAAUUCCUCAAUUGUGUCUCAUCUCAUUCUGGAGCCACCAACUCAAUCUCUAAAGUUCUCUAUAGUCCAACCAACUCUUCCUUUACCCCUAUCUUGAAUUCUACAAUACAGAACCUCAGAUUCCUAUCAUCUAAAAGCCCUAAACCUUUGUUUAUAAUCACACCCACUAUUGAUUCCCAUAUCCAAGCAGCAGUUAUAUGUUCUAGAAAAAAUGGAUUGCAGAUCAAAGUCCGAAGUGGAGGGCACGACUACGAAGGUUUAUCUUAUCGAUCUGAUGUCCCGUUCAUCAUCGUUGAUCUUCGCAAUUUUCGAUUAAUCACAGUGGAUACAGUAGAAAAAACAGCUUGGGUUCAGGCUGGUUCAACUCUCGGGGAAGUUUAUUAUCACAUUGCAAAUAAAAGCAAUACUCUUGGCUUCCCUGCAGGGCUUUGUUCCACAGUAGGUGUUGGUGGGCACAUCAGUGGAGGUGGCAUAGGGACCUUGAUGAGAAAAUAUGGUCUUGCAGCUGAUAAUAUCAUUGAUGCUUACAUUGUGGAUGUUAAUGGGAGAAUCCUUAACAGAACAUCAAUGGGUGAAGAUCUAUUUUGGGCUAUUAGAGGAGGAGGAGGUGCCAGCUUUGGAAUCAUAGUCUCAUGGAAGAUCAAAUUGGUUCCUGUUCCACCUACUGUUACUGUCUUUACAGUCCAAAGAACACUACAACAAGGUGCAACCAAACUUGUAAGUAGAUGGCAGCAGUUAGCUUAUAUGUUCAAUGAAGACCUCCUUAUAAGGGCCAUAGCAAUAGUGGCAAAUGGGGCCACAAAAGAGGAAAGCACAAUCCUAGUUACUUUUCAGUCUCUGUUCCUUGGAAGAGUUAAGGAACUCCUCCCUUUGAUGAAUAACAGCUUCCCUGAGCUGGGUUUGGAAGCCAAGGACUGCACUGAGAUGAGUUGGAUCAAUUCUACUUUAUAUUUUGCUGGCUUUACUAAUGGAGAGUCUAUUGAUGUUCUUCUGAACAGGACUUUACAGUCCAAGAUCUUUUACAAGGCCAAGUCUGAUUUUUUGCAAGAACCCAUUUCUGAAACUGGGUUGGAAAAGAUUUGGAAUGAGCUUUUGCAAGGAAAUAUUAGUCCUGUGGUGAUCAUGGAUCCUCUAGGGGGAAGGAUGAGUCAGAUCUCAGAUACUGAAACACCCUUCCCACAUAGAGCUGGCAACUUGUACAAUAUUCAAUACUAUAUGUACUGGCAAGAUGGAAGCACUAACACAACCAAAGAGCAUUUACAAAGGAUGAGAAAGAUCUAUAAGUUCAUGACCCCUUAUGUUUCCAAGCAUCCAAGGUCUGCAUAUCUCAACUAUAGGGAUCUUGAUUUGGGUAGUAGCGAUAUGCGUAAUACAAGUUACAGAAAAGCUAGUGUUUGGGGAAAUAGCUAUUUCAAGAACAACUUCAAGAGAUUAGCAUCUGUGAAGAGCAUGGUUGAUCCAACCAAUUUCUUUUGGGAUGAACAAAGCAUUCCACCUUUGAACUUUUAG